AUGGCGCGUGCUGAAGAUUUGGCGUCGGUUGAAGGUGUGGCAGGUACCAGUCAAAUUAGGAAGGUCGUUAUCGGCAAACGUCGGAUCCCAAGACAGUUACGAGCUGGAUUUGUGAUCCGAACGGCGAAGAAGAACAAGGAGCCUUGCCAGAAGGCACGGGGAGGUCCGAUUGUUAUGUACGUCGAGAACGGGGUCUACGGACAGGUUGACCGUGAGCUAGUCCUUCAUCUUGACCGAGAGGAAAUCAAACAUACCGGCAGGUCUUUAACCACCCGUCUACCCAUCGUCCCAACACAGAACGUGGGGUACACAUAG